AUGGAUGGUUCUCAGAGACGGGAGAAACACCCUGAGACCCUGAGAGGUUGCAGCCCUAAUGUGUGUGGAUCUGGUCUGCAGUCCUACUGCUGUCCGGGCUGGAAGACUCUGCCUGCAGGGAAGCGCUGUGUCCUACCUAUCUGCCGGAGCAGCUGUGGUGACGGCUUCUGCUCCAGACCCAACAUGUGCACAUGUCCAGGUGGACUAAUAGCCCCAACCUGUGCCAACAAAUCAUCCCAGCAGUGCAGUAUCAGAUGUGUGAAUGGAGGGCUGUGUGAAGGUGACCGCUGCCAGUGUCCAAAGGGAUACACGGGAAGCUUCUGUGGACAGCCUGUGUGUGAGAAGACCUGUCUUAACGGUGGACGCUGUGUUGGACCGAACCGCUGCGUGUGUGUGUAUGGCUUCACUGGACCACACUGCGACAGAGAUUACCGGACAGGGCCGUGCUUCGUCCAGGAGCCCCGCAGGCCGUGUGCGGCUCAGAGCCGUGGGUUCGUGAGCAGUAAGGCUCUGUGCUGUGCCACAGUGGGGCAGGCGUGGGGUCAUCUGUGUGAGAUGUGUCCAGCACUCAGCUCGUCCUGCAGCACAGGAUUCACACCAAACACCCGCACAGGAGCCUGCCAAGAUGUUGAUGAAUGUAAGGUUGUGCCUGAGCUGUGUAAAGGAGGAAAGUGCAUCAACACUGUGGGCUCGUAUCAGUGCCAGUGUCCCACGGGUUUCCAGCAGCACAGGAGUUCGCUGAUGUGUGAGGAUGUGGAUGAAUGCUCCACCGUCCAGCAUGUGUGUGAUGGAGGACGCUGCAUUAAUUCAGCGGGCAGUUUCUCUUGUGUGUGUCCUGCUGGAUUCUGGCCGUCUGCAGACCGGACGCGCUGCCUCGAGCAGCACACAGGCGUGUGUUUUGCGUCGGUUGUGAAUGGACGCUGUGCUCAGGAAAUCAGCGGACGCUUCAGUAAAGUCCAGUGCUGCUGUGAGCGUGGACGCUGCUGGAGUCAGAGCACAGCUCAUGAAAUGUGUCCUAUGCCACGAUCAGACGAAUACUACAGGAUCUGUCUGGUGGGCUCUGCCCUGAGUGGCUUCAGUGAAGAGCAUCCUGACAUGCCCUCUCAGCUUCCCAGCGGCUUCAGACCUGCCUCUAAUGACCAGAUACUUCACACACUUAAUAACAAUGGACUCAUCACACCUCAGAUUCAUCACAUUCCCCAAAUCCCUCAGAUCUCAGGGAAUGGUCAUGGAUUUAAACCACAGCGUCCUGUUGUCGUUGGUGUGACUGAGACUGUCAGCAGGUGUGGUCCGUGUCUGAAUGGACGCUGUGUACCGGUGGGCUCUGACUACCGCUGUGACUGUGACAGCGGAUACAGAGAGGACAGCAGAGGAGAGUGUUCAGAUGUAGAUGAGUGUGUGUUGGAGCCCUGCACUAAUGGAGACUGUAUCAACACGGCUGGCUCCUUCUACUGCAGAUGCCACUCAGGCUUCCUCAGGGUUCCUGGCAAACAGGCCUGCGCUGACGUUGACGAGUGUCUUCAGAAUGGCCUGCUGUGUCAGAACGGCCGCUGUCUCAACACAGAGGGCAGUUUUCAGUGCAUCUGUAACGCGGGAUUCAAGCUCACGCCUGAUGGGAAAAACUGCAUGGAUCACGAUGAAUGUGCCGCCACAAACAUGUGUCUUAACGGCAUGUGCAUUAAUGAAGACGGCAGCUUUAAAUGUGUGUGUAAACCUGGAUUCAGCCUCAACUCCAGCGGACGCUACUGUACAGAUACAGAUGAGUGCCGGACUCCAGGUGUGUGUAUGAACGGACGGUGUGUGAACACACAGGGCUCUUUCAGGUGUGAGUGUUUCGCAGGUCUUACCGUAGGAAUAGAUGGCCGCACAUGUGUCGACACACACAUGCGCAGCAGCUGUUACGGGGCUGUAAAGACAGGCUGGUGUGCGCGGCUCUUCCAGCGGUCUGUCAUCAAGUCACAGUGCUGCUGUGCCAACCCUGACUACGGCUUCGGUGAGCCAUGCCGGCCCUGCCCCGGCAAACACUCAGUUGAGUUCCAGGCCUUGUGUGCGAGCGGUGUGGGGUUUUCUGCUGAUGGCAAAGACAUUAAUGAGUGUGCUCUGGAUCCUGAUAUCUGCUCUAAUGGAGUGUGUGAGAAUCUCAGAGGAAGUUUCCGCUGCGUUUGUAACAGCGGCUAUGAAAGUGACCAGACUGGCAGAAAGUGUCUGGAUGUAGAUGAAUGUGUAGUGAACCGUCUCCUCUGUGAUAAUGGUCUGUGCCGGAACGUGCCUGGGAGCUACAGCUGCACCUGCCCGGCAGGAUUCACCUUCAGACACCACACAGAGACGUGUGACGAUGUGAAUGAAUGUGCGAGCAGCCCCUGUGUUAAUGGAGUCUGUAAGAACAGUGCGGGCUCUUUCUCCUGUGAGUGCCCAAUAGGAAGUAAACUGGACUCCACUGGACUUUUAUGUGUUGACAGUGUGAAGGGCUCGUGCUGGUUAACCCUGCAGGACGGCCGCUGUGAAGUGAACAUUAACAGAGCUACGCUGAGGUCUCAGUGCUGUGGCACGCUGGGAGCAGCCUGGGGAAGCCCGUGUGAACCGUGUCAGAUUGACCCUGUAUGUGAACGAGGAUUUGCUCGGCCGAGAGGGGCUUCGUGUGAAGAUGUAAACGAAUGUGAGGUGUUUCCUGGAGUGUGUCAUAAUGGACACUGUGUGAACACUAGAGGAUCAUUUAAAUGCCAGUGUCCAGAGAGUCUCACGCUGGAUGUCUCUGGACGUGUCUGUGUGGAUGUUCGUUCGGAGCUCUGUUUCCUCACCUACGAUGAAGACGUGUGUUUGCAGCCAGUGCCAGGACGUUUUCGUAUGGACGUGUGCUGCUGUACGGUGGGUUUGGCCUGGGGUAGAGAUUGUGAACUGUGCCCUGAGCCUGGCACAAGCCCAUUUGAAGCUCUGUGCCCGAGAGGACCAGGCUUCGCCAACAAAGGAGACGUGCUUACUGGCAGAGCUGUCUAUAAAGAUGUCAAUGAGUGUAAAGUUUUCCAAAGCAUCUGUAUUCAUGGAAAAUGCCGGAACACCAUUGGAAGCUUCAGAUGUCGUUGUGACAGUGGGUUUGCACUGGAUACCAAUGAGCAGAACUGCACAGAUAUUGAAGAGUGUGUGAUCUCUCCUGAUGUCUGUGGUCAUGGCACGUGUGUGAACACUCUGGGCAGUUUUCAGUGUGACUGUUUUCCUGGCUAUGAGAGUGGAUUUAUGAUGAUGAAGAACUGCAUGGAUAUUGAUGAGUGUGAACGAAAUGUCUCGCUGUGUAAUGGAGGCAUCUGUGAAAACACUGAUGGCAGCUACAAGUGUGUGUGUCCCCCUGGUCAUCAGCUGUCUGUGGACGGCAGUGCCUGUGAAGAUGUGAAUGAGUGCGAGUUGAGCAGCACAUUGUGUCCUAAUGGCCGGUGUGUGAAUGUGCUUGGGACGUACCAGUGCUCCUGCGCCCCUGGUUAUCAGACCACACCAGAUAGGAAAGACUGCACAGAUGUAGAUGAGUGUACGAUAGAGAAUGGAGGAUGUGAGCUGUACUGUAGUAACUCAGAGGGGAGUUACUCCUGCAGCUGCGGUCAGGGUUACGCUCUGACGCCAGACCAGCAGACAUGUGCAGAUGUGAAUGAAUGUGAAGAGGAUGUUAACAUCUGUGAAGGUGGUCAGUGCACUAAUGUCCCUGGAGCAUAUCACUGUCUGUGCCAUGAAGGAUUCAUGACUUCAGCAGACAUGAGGACAUGUAUCGAUGUGAAUGAGUGUGAACUCAACACCAACAUCUGUUUGUUUGGGGAGUGUGAGAACACCAAGGGCUCCUUCAUCUGUCAUUGUGAGAUGGGUUAUGCCGUGAAGAAAGGAACCUCUGGCUGCAUCGAUGUUAAUGAGUGUGAGAUGAACACUCACCACUGUGACACACACGCCACCUGUGUCAACACACCGGGACACUACCGCUGCUCCUGCAGCAACGGAUGGUCUGGUGAUGGAGUCAGAUGCACUGAUGUGGAUGAGUGCAGUGACAGGACUCAUGUCUGCAGCACUGAUGCUGAGUGUGUGAACACAGCAGGUUCGUACCACUGUAGAUGUUCAGACGGCUUUACUGGAGACGGAUUCACCUGCUCAGAUAUGGAUGAGUGUGCUGAAGAUGUGGAUCUGUGUGAAAAUGGGCAGUGUCUCAAUGUUCCUGGCAGCUAUCGAUGUGAAUGUGAGAUGGGCUUCACACACACUCCAAACAGCAAAACCUGUCAAGAUAUAGACGAGUGCACCUUCCAGAACAUCUGUGUAUUUGGCACAUGUCAGAAUAUUCCAGGAAUGUUUCGCUGUAUUUGUGAUGAGGGCUAUGAGUUGGACAGGACUGGUGGAAACUGCACAGACGUGAACGAGUGUCUUGAUCUUGUCAGCUGUGUUAAUGGUAACUGUGAGAACACAGCCGGCUCGUACCAGUGUAACUGUCCCACUGACUUUGAGCUCAACCCCACUGGAAUCGGCUGCAUUGACACACGAGUAGGGAGCUGUUUCCUGGAUGUGGCGUACCGUGGCCAUGGUGGGCUGGCAUGUAGCAUUGAGCUGGGAUUUGGAGUCAGUCGUUCAUCAUGCUGCUGUUCUCUGGGACAAGCAUGGGGUAACCCAUGUGACCUUUGCCCUACACUCAACACCUCGGAGUAUAACACACUGUGUCCUGGAGGAGAGGGUUUCAAACCCAACCCUAUCACCAUCAUCCUGGAAGAUAUUGAUGAAUGUCAGGAGCUGCCGGGUCUGUGUCAGGGGGGGGGAAACUGCAUCAAUACAUUCGGAAGUUUCCAGUGUGACUGUCCAGCUGGAUACUACCUCAACAUGGACAGCCGCAUGUGUGAGGAUAUUGAGGAAUGUGUGCUCAGUUCAGGCGCGUGUGGUCCAGGCACCUGUUACAACACACUGGGAAGCUACACAUGUGUCUGCCCAAAGGACUACAUGCCAGUGAGCGGAGGACACGGCUGCAUGGAUAUGAGGAAAAGUCUGUGUUACCGGAACUACAGUGGCAGUACCUGUGAGCAGCAGCUCAACUUCAACACCACACAGAGAUUGUGCUGCUGUGCUUACAAUGUGGGCAAAGCCUGGAACAAACCAUGUCAGGCCUGUCCGAGCCCUGGCACAGGGGACUAUAGAAGUCUUUGUGGCAGCAUGAUCGGAUUCAGGAUUGACACUGAAACUGGAAAGCCGAAAGAUAUUGAUGAAUGUCAUGAAAUCCCAGGCAUCUGUGCUCAUGGCGUGGGUAUAAAUCACGUGGGCCGAGUUUUCCACUGCGAGUGUCCCACAGGCUUCAGUUACAGUGACCUGCAGCCCAGCUCAUCUUGUGAAGAUAUUGAUGAGUGUUCUUUGGGAACCCCUGUGGAAAAUGGCACGUGCUCAAAUGUGAUUGGAGGAUUUGAGUGUCUGUGUGAGGAGGGGUUUGAGCCUGGACCAAUGAUGAGCUGUGAAGAUGUGAAUGAGUGCAGUCAGAAUCCUCUGCUCUGUGCAUUUCGCUGCAUUAACACUUUCGGGGCUUAUGAAUGCAGCUGUCCAUCUGGAUACACACUGCGAGAGGAUGGACGCAUGUGUCAGGAUGUAGACGAGUGUGCAAAUGAUCUUCACAACUGUGACUCCAGAGGAAUGGAGUGUAACAACUUAAUUGGCACGUUCAUGUGUGUUUGUCCAGCCGGGAUGAUCCGCAGGAUGAAUGACGACAUGUGUCAAGAUGAAAAUGAAUGCUUGACCCGGCCUGGGGUUUGUGAGAGUGGUCGAUGUGUCAACACUGUGGGCAGCUACACAUGUGAAUGUGGCGUUGGGUUCAAAGCUGACUCUACAGGCACACAAUGUCUUGAUUACAGGAAAGGCUUUUGUUUCACGGAGGUUAUGCACAGCAUGUGUCAGAUGUGGUCCAGCAGUGGUGUUCCUGUCAGCAGGUCUCAGUGCUGCUGUAAUGGAGGCCGUGGGUGGAGGGACCCGUGUGAGCUCUGCCCACCUCCUGCCACUGCCAGCUACAGGAAACUCUGUCCAUAUGGCCACGGCUACACCACUGAUGGAACAGAUAUAAAUGAGUGUAAGCUGAUUCCAGGUGUUUGUGCCAACGGUGUCUGUAUCAACAUCAUGGGCUCUUACAGAUGCCACUGUAAGCUAGGAUACAUCGCCUCUGCCGCAGGAACCGCAUGCGUCGAUUUGGAUGAAUGCGGUUUGUCCCCGAAGCCCUGUAACUUCAUCUGUAAGAAUACGGAGGGCAGCUAUGCGUGUUCCUGUCCGCGGGGUUACACGCUGCAGGACGACAGCAGGACCUGUCGAGAUGUGGAUGAAUGUCAGAGCGGACGACACAACUGUCAGUUCUCCUGCGUCAACACCAUCGGUGGAUUCACCUGCAAGUGUCCAGCGGGCUUCAGCCAGCAUCACACAGCCUGCAGAGAUGUUAAUGAGUGUCUGUCUGCGGGGGGUCCGUGUGGCCAGCGGGGCGUCUGUCUGAAUUCAGUGGGCAGCUUCAGCUGUGAGUGUCCACAGGGCUUCAGUCUGGACUCUCUCGGCCUCAGCUGUGACGAUGUAGAUGAGUGCGCGGUUGAUCACAGCUGUCAGUUCGGCUGUCAGAAUGUUGCAGGUGGCUUCCGCUGCAGCUGUCCAGACGGAUACACACAGCACCAGCACUGGAACCAGUGUGUGGAUGACAAUGAGUGCUUGAACCCGAGCAGCUGUGGGUCAGCUUCUUGUUUCAACACACUGGGCAGCUUUAAGUGUGGCUGUCCGUCUGGCUUCACCUUUGACCCCGUGUCCACUAGCUGUGAGGAUGUGGAUGAGUGUGUGUCCUUCACGAGCCCCUGCAGAUAUGGCUGCUCAAACACACAGGGAGGAUUCAUGUGUGCAUGUCCAGUGGGGUAUUACAGAGCGGGACAGGGACAUUGUGUAUCUGCUGCUGGUUUUGGGGGUGCUGGGCUUGGACCAGAAGAGGAAAACGGUCUUUCUCCUGAAACCUGCAAUGGCUGCAAAACGAAUGGACAGCAGAAGAAAAGUGUCAGGAGAAGACACUCUUCAAACCUCAGAUUGGAGGGAGUUAGUCUGGCCAGUGUGGAUGUGGAUCAGCCGCUGAGAUUACUCCUCAAUCGCUCACAACUCAAACCCAAUGAAGCCAUCCUGGAGCUGCUGCCCGCUGUCGGAGCGCCUGCUCAAGAACUCAUGUACACCAUCACAGCUGGAAACCGUGACGGCUUCUUCCAGAUCAGACAGCAGGAGGGUAUCAGUUACCUGCACAGCACACACAGGACGCCCCCAGUGAGACAGUACAUACUGCAGAUCAGGAGUUCUGCCCGCUCUGAAGACAUGCACAGGGAGGAGCGACCUGCUCGAAACCUACACAUGACUCUCCGCAUCACACUCAAGUAGAGCAGGAACUGCUGGAAACUACCACCAACCAACACGUGUGAGCUUCUUAAGAUAACUGACCGCUCUCUCAGAAGUCACUGACUGCAUCCGAAAUCACCCCCUAUACCCUCAUUCACUAUUCCCUAAAUUAGCUCACUAAUUCAGUUCACUUGAUAGAGUGAAUGAAAACGAGUGAGUGAAUACGGACACGGAGUGCACCAGAAGAACUGCUGCUUUUGCAUAGUUUGUACUGCUGUUUAACAAUCAUUUGAAAUUGGUAAACUGGCUGCUCCAGUAGGAUUUAUCUUGAAUGCUUGCAUGGAAAUUAUUUAUAAACCCUAUUAAAA